CGGGGCGGCCGCGGGCCGCGUGUCUGUCCUCCGCUCCUCCCCGGCCCGCUAACGCGCUCUCUGUCUUGCUCACCGGGCGCUGCUCCGUGGCUGCCGGCGGCUUCUUGCUGCGCCAGGAGAAUGUGCGUGUGCCCCGGGCCGCGCCGCAUCGCAAUUCCAGUCAGAAGCUCCAGGCUGCCAUUAUUCUCUGAUGCCAUGCCAGCACCAGCUCAUCUAUUUCCAUUGAUUCGUAACUGUGAAAUUGGCAGGCUAUGCAAUGCUGUGUGUUAUUGCCACCACAAACAUCUUUGUUGUUUGUCCCCACCUCACUUUGCUCACAAUCAUUUGAGAUAUGCACCUCAGAAGAAGUUUGCAACACUUCAUAGGCCAAAGGAGAAUUUUAAUCAGUUUAUCCAUGCAAGGAGCUAUGUUUCAACACCACAGAGAUUUUACCUUACUCCUCCACAGGUUAACAGCAUUUUGAAGGCAAAUGAAUACAGUUUUAAAGUCCCAGAAUUUGAUGGUAAAAAUGUAAGCUCUAUUCUUGGCUUUGAUAGCAACCAGUUACCUGCUAAUGCUCCAAUAGAAGACAGGAGAAGUGCAGCCACAUGUUUGCAAACACGAGGGAUGCUUCUAGGUGUAUUCGAUGGUCAUGCAGGUUGUGCUUGUGCCCAAGCUGUCAGUGAAAGACUCUUUUACUACAUUGCUGUCUCUUUGUUACCUCAUGAGACUCUACUUGAAAUAGAAAAUGCAGUGGAGAGUGGCAGAGCUCUGUUGCCCAUUUUACAGUGGCACAAGCAUCCCAAUGAUUAUUUUAGUAAGGAAGCUUCUAAACUUUAUUUUAAUAGUUUACGAACUUACUGGCAGGAGCUCAUCGACCUCAACACUGGAGAGACCACUGAUGUAAAAGAGGCUUUAAUUAAUGCUUUCAAGAGGCUUGAUAAUGAUAUUUCUUUGGAAGCUCAAGUAGGAGAUCCAAACUCUUUUCUCAACUACCUGGUGCUGCGAGUGGCAUUUUCAGGUGCUACUGCCUGUGUGGCUCAUGUAGAUGGUGUUGAUUUGCACAUUGCCAAUACUGGUGACAGCAGGGCGAUGCUUGGUGUUCAAGAAGAAGAUGGGUCUUGGUCUGCUGUUAAUUUGUCCUAUGAUCAUAAUGCGCAGAAUGAACGUGAAAUAGAACGAGUAAAAUCAGAGCACCCAAAAACUGAAGAGAAAAGUCUUGUGAAGCAAGACAGGCUGUUAGGCUUAUUGAUGCCUUUCAGAGCCUUUGGUGAUGUGAAAUUUAAAUGGAGCAUUGACCUUCAGAAGAGAGUAAUAGAAUCAGGCCCAGAUCAAUUGAAUGACAAUGAAUACACAAAGUUUAUCCCUCCGAACUAUCAUACCCCACCAUAUCUUACAGCUGAGCCAGAGGUCAUACACCACAAAUUAAGACCUCAGGAUAAAUUCCUGGUGUUAGCCACAGAUGGCCUAUGGGAGACAAUGCACCGACAGGAUGUGGUUAGAAUUGUAGGAGAGUACCUCACCGGUGUUCAUCACCAGCAGCCAAUAGCAGUUGGUGGCUACAAGGUAACUCUGGGACAGAUGCACGGUCUCCUGACAGAAAGGAGAGCAAGAAUCUCAUCCGUAUUUGAAGAUCAGAAUGCUGCAACCCAUUUGAUACGUCAUGCAGUGGGUAAUAAUGAAUUUGGCACUGUUGAUCAUGAGCGGCUGUCCAAGAUGCUUAGUCUUCCAGAAGAGUUGGCUCGGAUGUACAGAGAUGACAUAACAAUUAUUGUUGUGCAGUUCAACUCGCAUGUUGUAGGUGCAUGUCAAAAUGAGGAAUUGUGAACUUUUUAAAAAUGAACAGUUUACCAAAGUUUUAAUAUAUGGCCAGUAUGAUGAGCAGCAGAUUAAAAUACACUUAAUGAGCAAACGAGUAUCUGCUCAUAAGAACUAACACAUCAGUCUCUCUCUCUUCGCCUUUCCUUCACCCCCGACCCCACCACAAACAAUGAAUUAACAGAGCCUUCCAAAAGAAUGGCACAGUUUUAAAUGAGGGUCUUGCAACAGCUUUGCACUACUGUUUUGAUGCUGCUAGAGCAAUGAUUUGAAUUUGGCUGGGAUGGGUGAGAAAGGGAAGGAGUGGGUAGUAAUCUGAUAAGCAAACUUGCUUUGGCUACUCACUAAACAAAAAACCUGUUUUUAAAAAAUGUACGUAUCUACAUAGCUGUCUUUUAAGAAAUUGGCAAGACAUUUUUUGAAUAUCUGAAUUCCAAUAGGGCUGAUGUUUUUUUCCUGUAAAGUAAAUAGUGAUUCUGCAUGUAUGUGACUUCUUUUGACUCUGUCUAAGGGAAAAGAGCUAAGUAGCUAUCUCAAACUAAUUUUUCCCAUUUGCACUUAGUGUCGUUCAUUUAAAUGCAUAUCUGUGUAGAACAUUAUUUUUAUGCAGAUCUUUAAGCCAUAAUAUCUGGAAUUCUUAUGCACUUAUUUUAUCCAAAUCCAUGCUUAAAAUCUCUUGUGUACUGACACUUUCUGGCUUAUUGGGUGUGUUUUUUGCAGGAUCUAAAGGGCAAUAAUGUCAUUUUACCUUUCAUUGAAAGGUAGAUGCAUAUGAAAUCCCAUUGUGGAAGACUUCAGCUUGCAUGGUUUGAAACCAUGACUUUGCCUUUUGCAAAACAUGGAAUCACCUUCAGUCAGAGCUGUCAUGCCACCUCAAAAGGUCACAUCAUUGGCAGGCAGCACCACUUUCUGGUACCAAAAAUUUCCCCAUAUCAUAUGGCAAAUUCUAACAUAAUCAUAUGAAGAGACUAGGAAAUCACUGUUAACUGUUUGGUGUCUUUAUAAAUAAGCACUCACAUUUAUUUUUGCUGUUGUCAUUUCAGUUGGGUUGUGCUUACUGGAUGUUUUAAAUAAUAGCUACUGAGGAAACUUGUAUUUCUAGCUAGGUCUAAAACUUUAUAAAGAUUACCAAAAUAUUAAAGUAUGGCUUGUAAAUAAGCUUAAUAGAGAAAGAAAUGGACCUGCAUGCUGUAUCUUAAAAAGCUGCUUUCUUGGUGUUAUGUUAUCAACCAAGUGACAUCCUUUGAUAGUCCUUUGUGUGCAUGGUUUCUCUUCAAAAUGUCAUAAUUAGAAGAAAGACUCUCUCAAAAAUGGGUCUCUCUGGUGUAAUCAUUGAAUUUUCAAACUUGAUAGACAUAGUAUUUUGGAAUAGACUUUACAGUUGCAAUUGCUGGGUGCAUAAAAUAGAUAUAAAGGCUGCUGUAUUGGUCUUUGGUCUAUUUUUAUAUUUAAGCAACCAUAGGGAGUGAGGGUUUUCUGAACUCACUAGUAUCUGCCCUUUUACACGUCUUUAAAUGUUUAGAAUUCAUUUUCCCUUAUUGAAAACAUGGCGACUGGAGCCACAACAGUAACAGCUUGUGCUUUUCAGGAGAUUGUAUAUAAGUAGUCUUAUUAAUUUUGCUCUGGUUUAUAGGGGCCCGGGAGCAGAUGUAGGCCAGCAUGUUUAAUCUCUUCCAAGCUGCAUUACAUUCAGACAUUUUUCUGAUUGAUUUUAUUUUUGUAAUAAACUCUUUUGGACUUCACGUAGCCAGAUAUGAUUUACUUAAGUUGACAAUAUGCUUUAAGAACCUGAGUUUUCUUUCUUGGUUGGGUAAAUCAUUUGUUUUCCUAAUUGGCAAUAUUGAUGUUUAUUAAGAUUACUGUUUUUAAACAGUAUUCUUAUAAUUUAAGCCAAGCACUUGUAGAUUACGAAACAUCAAUGUUUUCUAUAAGCACAAGUGCUGUGCAGACUUAAUUGCCUGCAGCCUUAAUAAAAUGUUGGUCUUCCCACCUGACUGUAUUCAAGAAACUGUCAUUUACAGCAGAGUUUCCUGUCCUCCUCCUUCCCCAGAGAUGGAGGUGGUUUGAAGGUUCACACUUUGAGAAUAGGAAUGACAGACUUUUCAUGGGGUAGAGGAAACCUGGUAAUGCUGUUAAUGAACAACUUUUGGUAACUGAUAUUUGCCUUUGUAUGUUAAGUAUUAAUGACAAAAUGUCUUUGGCUAGAUUAGUAAGCUCAUGUGUCCUCUUACACUGUGUUUCACUCAAGUACAAAAUGAAUCUAAGCUGUUACAAUAUUUAGACUUUCUUACAUUUUUCUACUGUGUAGUACUUACCAAAAUGUUUAAUCCAUGGGUCUUGAAUAUGGGUUUGGUAUAAGUUAUAGAAGUGGUCCUGUAUGUACAGCUUAUGGGAAAAGCUUUUUGUAUGAAAGAUGCACAUAUGUACAGGAUCAAAUGAAGUGAUAUUUAUGUAUUUGGAUUUGAUUCAACAUGUGCAGUGAACUUAAGCAGCAUAACUGCCUACCAAACAUGGCAGUUAUCUAAGAACAAACAUCUUUUAGUAGACUCCAAUAAAAUGAUCAAUUAUAUAUAAA